AUGAAGCUGAAAGAGGAUCUCAAUCCUCUGCUGCUGCUUCUCUUCCACCUGAUGGUGUGGCUCUACACCAUCAUCACUUUCCUGCCUUCUUACCUCCUCAACCAUGUCUUUGCCCUAGACACAAGCUCCUUUGGUUCAGAAGUGGAGCAGUCCAAGAGGGUGAAGGCGCGCUCAGUGCUGGGAUGUCCGGAGGGGCCUUACAGAGCAGUUCGCGCCAUGAAGAGGCUGAUCACAUCGCUGCAUCGCGGAGUGGAGACCCUGGACAAAAUGUUUGAAUAUGCAACACUGAGAUUUGCUCAUAGAGAAUGUCUUGGGAUGAGAGAGGUGAUCAGGGAAGAGGAUGAACAACAGAGCAAUGGAAAGGUGUUCAAGAAGGUCAUUCUGGGUGACUACCACUGGCUCUCCUAUGAGGAGGUCUUCUCAGCAGCAUCCCAGCUGGGCAGUGGUCUGUUGUUCUUCGGCCAACGGCCAAAAUGCAACAUUGCCAUCUUCUGCGAGACACGAGCUGAGUGGAUCAUAGCCGCUCAGGCCUGCUUCAUGUACAACUUCCCUCUCGUCACCCUGUACUCAUCUCUCGGUGGACCAGCCAUCGUUCACGGGCUGAACGAGACUCAGGUUACCCACAUCAUCACCAGCAGAGAACUUCUGGAUACACGACUCAAGAGUAUCCUGAUGGACACCCCGAACCUGCGGCACAUCAUUGUGGUUGACGACACACCGGCUGUGUGGCCUGAUUACGCACGCGGCAUCAGUAUUCACAGCAUGUCUGCUGUUCAAGAGAUCGGAGCAAGACCUGAGAAUGAACGUGAGCAUAAUCAGCCUGUGCCUUCAGAUACUGCAGUCAUCAUGUACACCAGCGGAUCCACAGGCAUUCCAAAAGGCGUCAUUAUUUCCCAUAGCAACCUCAUUGCGAGCAUGGCUGGAAUAGCGGAGCGGAUACCUAACCUGUGUGAGGAAGACACCUACAUCGGCUACCUGCCCCUCGCACAUGUGCUCGAGCUCAGUGCAGAGCUCAUAUGUGUUGCUUAUGGUUGUAGAAUCGGCUAUUCCUCACCUCAGACUCUAGCUGACCAGUCAACCAAGAUCAAAAAAGGAAGUAAAGGGGACACAAGUGUUCUGCAGCCCACUCUGCUGGUUGCUGUCCCGGAGAUUAUGGAUCGUAUCUAUAAGAAUGUGAUGGCCAAAGUGGAGGAGAUGACCUGUGUGCAGCGAACACUCUUCAACCUAGCAUACAACUACAAGCUGGAACAGCUUAAAAAGGGAUACAGUACUCCUCUUUGUGACAAGCUGGUGUUCAGAAAAGUAUGCUCUCUACUGGGUGGACAGGUGAGAGUUUUGCUUUCAGGUGGAGCACCACUUUCUGCGGCCACGCAACGCUUUAUGAACGUGUGCUUCUGCUGCCCGGUGGGGCAGGGAUACGGCCUGACAGAAACCUGCGGGGCUGGAACCAUCAGCGAGGCAUGGGAUUAUAGCACUGGGAGAGUGGGUGGGCCAGUGGUUUGCUGUGAGAUCAAGCUCAAGGACUGGCUGGAGGGCGGAUACCGCAGCAGUGACAAGCCCCACCCCCGUGGAGAAAUCCUCAUUGGUGGACCCAGUAUAACCAUGGGAUACUAUAAGAUGGACCCGCAAAAACAAGAAGACUUCUUUGUAGAUGAAAAGGGCCAACGAUGGUUCAGCACAGGAGACAUCGGAGAAUUUCAUGAAGAUGGAUGCCUCAAGAUAAUUGAUCGGAAGAAAGACUUGGUGAAGCUGCAGGCAGGCGAGUAUGUCUCCCUGGGAAAGGUGGAAGCCAUGCUGAAGAACUGCCCUCUGAUUGACAACAUCUGUGUCUAUGCCAGCAGUGAUGAGACUUAUGUGAUUGGCUUUGUCGUGCCCGAUCAAAAGCAGCUGGUAGCGCUGGCUAAUCAGCAUCACUUCUGGGGCUCAUGGGAGGAACUGUGCAACAACAUGGCCUUGGAGGAGCUGGUCAUCCAGGUCAUCACUGAGGCUGCUCUAGUAGCUCAUCUUGAGCGAUUUGAGAUCCCUCGCAAGAUCCGUCUGAUCCCAGAACCAUGGACCCCUGAGACAGGAUUAGUAACUAACUCAUUCAAGCUCAAACGCAAGGAGCUGAAAACACAUUACCAGAAAGAGAUUGAGAGGAUGUAUGGGGGCAAAUAGCCCCUCAGCAGCAGCACAGCAUCAUUCUUUAUUAAAGCACAGAUAAAUAUUUGACAGAGGCUGUGCCACCGUUCACACCUCUUCUACCUUCUGCCCAGUCAAAAAGAACUGUGAUCUAAAUCAUAACGUAAAGGAUGUUAAUGGUAAUUUGUUUUUAAAAAACAGACUCCAGGCAAUAAAAGCUGAUUUGCAAUUUUUCUUUGAUUACGCACAACCUUUUCCAAGGUGCAAAGUCUUACUGAAGUUGCCAUUUGGGUAUAUUAAUAUCAAAGAACAUCCUUUUCUACUGCUGCCUUCAUCUUUAACUGUAUGACCAUUUCACAUGGACUUUUAUUUAUUAGUUUUGUUUUAAGUUAUGAGACAGAAUGCAGAUUGGCCGAUUCUUUGUGGUGACCUGUAUGUGACGGGUUUGGGGCUUCACUGUUUAUGCAUGAGAGUCGCUUCAUCCUCGACUAGUCUUUGACUUAAAGGGGUCAUAUUGUUCAAAUUUUUGGCAAGCUAAUACAAACCACUAAGUGUCUUUAAAAGUGCAGUAACUCGGAUUUUACACAGAGCAACAAACAGUACUUUUCUAUGUCAGGAUUUAAUUGUUCAGGGGCAUCCUCUGCAGAGAAUGAAAGAACACUCCCUCUGUGCUCUGAGCUCUUCUUCCCGCUUACAUUCUCACUCUGGCAUUGUGAACAUAUUUAGUACAUGAGAUGUCCACGUGUGCAUGUGAGUCUUGCCCUGUGAAACUGUUGCCUGUGCCCUGCUUUCAACAGAGACAACUCACGAAUCACCACAUACCUGUUGAUUUUUUUCUCAAGAUGUCUGAUGGUAAAAACUUUCUGUAAAAACCUCCAAAACUUUUUCCACGUUUUAUUUUACAGCCUUAUUUCAAAAUGGAGUAAAUUAUUCUUUUUUCAUCACAAUUCUACUUACAACACCCCAUAAUGACAACAUGAAUUUUUUUUAUUAUUAU